GGCCGGGCCGUGCCGUGCCGCUGGCUGCGGACGAUGGCGGAGCGGGCGGCGGGGCCAGCGGGCGGGCAGCGCUGCUGCUCCGGGCUCGGCGCCGCCUCGGGCCGCGGGCAGACGGACACCAACGGGGACGCGCGUCCGGCCGCCCGCAGCCCCGCCGACACCGACCCGGUCAUUUACUUCGUGAGGAAGGCGUCUCCUUCGGCCGCCGAUUGCGGCGAUGGCGCCGGGCUGCUACAGCUCGGAGCCCCGGAGCCCGUCCACCCCUCACACUCUCCCCCCGCCGGAGCAAGCACGAACAAGAUGUUUGACAUUAAACAAAGAGAGUGUUUGAUGGAAAUACCCUGCCGUGUGAGUGGAAAGAGAGGUACAGACCCCAAGGACCCCAUUGCGAUCGAACGCCUCAACCUCAUGAACAUGGCCAAGCUGAGCAUCAAGGGUCUGAUAGAAUCGGCCCUCAACCUGGGCCGCUCUCUCGACUCCGACUACGCCCCGCUCCAGCAGUUCUUCGUGGUGAUGGAGCACUGCCUCAAGCACGGCCUCAAAGCUAAGAAGACCUUCCUGGGGCAGAACAAGUCAUUCUGGGGGGCUCUGGAGUUGGUGGAGAAGCUGUGUCCAGAGGCGGGGGAGAUAACUGUCAGUGUGAAGGAUCUGCCUGGCCUCAAGACAGCGGUGGGGAGGGGACGGGCCUGGCUCCGACUGGCUCUGAUGCAGAAGAAGCUCUCCGACUACAUGAAGGCCCUGAUUAACCGCAAGGACCUGCUGAGCGAGUUCUAUGAGCCGAACGCUCUGAUGAUGGAAGAGGAGGGAGCGGUGAUCGCCGGUCUGCUGGUGGGACUCAACGUUAUCGAUGUCAACCUUUGUAUGAAGGGAGAGGACCUGGACACGCAGGUUGGCGUCAUUGAUUUCUCCCUCUACUUGAAAGAUGGCGGGCACAGCAGCAAGACGACAGAGGGCCACCUGCUGCACCACCGUCACGUUCCUCUCUUGCAGGUGUCGAAGGCGGACGGCAACAUGGAGGGUCCAGUGCAGAGAGCCGGCCGGCACAGUGGAGAGGAGGGGGACAUGGAGACCCGCAGACAGCUGAAGGAGGAGACCCAGCUCAGGCUGGACGUGGAGAAGGAGAUGGAGGUGCAGAUCGGGAUGAAGCAGGAGAUGGAGCUGGCCCUGAAGAUGCUGGAGAAGGACAUCUGCGACAAGCAGGACGUACUGGUGACCUUCCGACAGCAGGUGGACGAGGUGCAGGCUCUCAACCACGAGCUCUGCCAGAAGGCCCAGGGCUCGGACCACGUGAUCCGGCAGAAGAACGAGAUCAUUGCCCGGCUGGAGGAGAAGGCGAGUCAGAUGAGCUGCACUGUGCGGCAACUGGAGCACAGACUGUGGCGGGAGCAGGAGGGCCGUCGCUCGGCCGAGAUGGACAACAGGCUCUUUAAGCAGGACUUUGGGGAGAAGAUCGUCGGCCUGGAAGGAGAGAUGGAACUCCUGAAGAGGCAGCGUGCCGAGUUGCAUGCAUGUUUAAAGCGGCAGAGAGCAGGUGGGCAGCUCGGCUGCCCUGGGGAAAGCGGAUCAGAGACGCGAGCGGGGAGCGGACUACCGGAGACGACGGACAUCCGGAGGGAACUGGAGGAGCUUCGGAAAGAGAAUCACCGGCUAUGCCAGGCCAAGGAGGGCCGAGUUCCCAAUGGCUCCCACACAAUGCGCAGGUCAAAUUCAGGAACAGAGGCAGAGACUGUACCUGAUGACUUCGUGCAGACGAGGGAGGAGAAUGUCAUUUGCAAACUCUGUCAAGAGGCAGCCUCGUUAACCAAACCCAAGAAGCAGUGCAGCAACUGUGGGGGCAUCUUCUGCGCUGGUUGUGCAGCCAACACGCUGCCCCUGCCCUCCUCCCUGCAGCCGGUGUGUGUGUGUAACACCUGCCACGUGGCACUGCUGGAACAGUAUGCGCCACCGCCCUGAGGGUGCCCAGCUGAGGGUACACGCUGACAACCGCCGACACCUCUGCAGCAUCAGGGAGUGCCUGCUGCUCCAACCCUCCUCUUCCCACAACCUCCUGACACAUCGCAGGGAGAUCCGUGCCCUCCUUUGUCGUCUUUGUAACCCUUCGGGACCACCGUCCACUUGGACAUUUGUUCUUUGGGACGUUAAUCGUCCAGUCCAGAUACGUCCGUGGAAUUGUUGCUUGUUCCUCAUCACGUCUGGGACUGGGGGCUGGAGUCCAGAUUACCUUUGUGUAGUCAAAGUCCGAUACCCCUGUCUUUGUACUCUGG